GAUUGAUUUAACUGAAUUUAUUCAUUUUAUAGCCUUUUUGGAAAAAUCUCGAGAAACAUACAGAAAUGAAGCUGAUUUCAGCUCAAGAAGUUAGCAAGCACAACACUCGUGAAGACUGUUGGGUAAUUAUUCACGAUAAGGUAUAUGAUUUAACAAAAUUUCUUCCUGAACAUCCAGGCGGAACUAGAGUAAUUCUUAAUCAGGCUGGCAAGGAUGCUACAGCGGCAUUCGAUCCAGUUCAUCCCCCAGACAUUAUUGACCAUUAUUUGCCUCCCGAAGUUUGUCUUGGGAGUAUUGACCACGCUACAGUUGUGAAAACCGUUAAAGUAGAAACUGAAGUGGAUAAAAGACGCCGUCAAGCAAUUGAAAAUAAGCCUAAAUUAGGCGAAAUGUUAAAUCUGUACGAUUUUGAAGCGGUAGCUUCACAAGUAUUAUCAGCUGAGACUUGGGCUUAUUACAGUUCAGGUUCAGAUGAUGAAAUUACUCUCAGAGAAAAUCAUAAUGCUUUUCAACGUAUUUGGUUACGACCUAGAGUUAUGAGAGAUGUAACGUACGUUGAUACGAGAACAAAACUUUUAGGUUACGAUUCAUCUUUCCCUGUGUAUAUAACUGCCACUGCACUGGGAAAGUUAGGUCAUCCCGAGGGGGAAGUAGUUCUUACUCGUGCUGCGCAUACACAAAAAAUAAUUCAAAUGUUACCUACUCUCGCUUCUUGUUCUUUAGACGAGAUGACAAAUGCUAAACAUGAAGGUCAAAUUCAAUUUUUUCAGUUAUAUGUUAAUAAGAAUAGAGACAUUACACGAAAGAUUGUUCAAGCAGCAGAGCGGAAAGGUUGUAAAGCUCUUUUUAUCACUGUAGAUGCACCACAGCUGGGUCGUCGUGAGAAAGAUAUGCGCGUAAAAUUCGUACAUGAACCACCUCACCUUCAAGACGAAAAGGAUAUAAGACGUGAUCAAGGGACCGCGAGGGCGAUUUCUUCAUUUAUUGAUACAGGCCUAAGUUGGAAAGAUUUGGAAUGGUUCAGAUCGAUAACAAAAAUGCCUAUUAUACUCAAGGGUAUCCAAACUACUGAGGAUGCAGUACUUGCAGCCAAAUAUGGCUGCGAGGGAAUAGUUCUUUCAAAUCAUGGAGGUCGCCAGCUUGACUUCGCUCGUUCUGGAAUUGAGAUUCUUCCGGAGGUUGUUGAAGUAUUAAAAAAAGAAGGUUUAUAUGACAAAAUGGAAGUAUACGUGGAUGGUGGUAUACGGCGCGGGACCGAUAUUUUCAAAGCAAUAGCUUUAGGAGCAAAAGCCGUAGGAAUCGGGAGGCCAUUGCUUUAUGCAAUGUCGUCUUAUGGACAGGCAGGUGUAGAACGCGCACUUCAAUUGUUAAAAGAUGAAUUGGAAUUGGCUAUGCGACUCGCAGGAGCAAAUACGCUUGCUGAUAUUCGACCUGAGAUGGUAGAUAUCAAAAAUCUGACGGAUCAUGUUUUUAUACCAAAAGACUAUUUAUUUUCAGAUGUUUAUAAGAAACUUGUACCAAAAAGAAGCAAACUAUAAAU